AUGCAUUUUUAUCGAGUAGCCGCGCCAUAUAUUGGGUCGUGCCAACACAUGAAGCAAAUGUGUUCGAAUCAAUUGGUCUCCCGCAGCCUUCUGACGGCCACAAGCGGAUCUUUCAACCCAGCUCGUCAAACUUCUAAAGGUCCUGCACCAAGCCCACCAAAGGAGGGCUCACUGAUGUACAAGUAUGAAGGCUUCAUCGGACGCUGGCCCAAAUUUUUGGCCAUACAUAGGAUGGUUGUGGACGGUUCAAAAUGGUGCUUCUCGGACGUGAAGACAUAUAUUCGCGUGCGUCGCGAUCUCUCAGCGAGUCGUCGGAAGCUCGAGCAACUCUCCGUAGAGGAAUUGGAAGUGCUUGUGCAGAGCGGGCGCGAGCUGAUGAAAAUGAGUUUUCUCUUCACGAGCGAAGGCCCAAAACUGGCGGUGGUUGCGGCGUUACUCCCCUUGCCCAUGACUGUCUACAUCGUGGGGGCUGCCGUGAUAUUCUUCCCGCGCCUCAUCUUGACACGGCACUUCUGGACCGAUGCGCAACGUGCUGAAUUCUUCGCCAGUGAAGUGCAGAAGUCGCAGAAGGCCGCUCAGCAGAUCUUGGCUGAUCUGAAAACGGUCAAGAUUGAAAAUGUGGCUCUGCCUGCGCUGAAAGAACUUGACAACUCUAAAAUGGCCGAUCUCGCUCGGCUGCAUGGCUUGAUCCCAUUGCCGCUGCCCGGCCUGAAGCGACGACUGGAAACGCGUGCAGAGGCAUUGCGACGUCUCGAUCAUGUGCUCAACUUCUCAUCCCUGACUAAUCGGCAAAUUGUUUUUCAUUGCUACAUCCGGAGGAUCGACUUUAGCGGAAUGUCGAACGCUCAAAUGAUCGAUGCUUUAACCGAAUGGUCUCAGCGCACGCGCCGCCUAUCCGACUCUUCAUACCUCGUCGCUCCACUGCUCUUCAAAUCCGGACGUAAUUUA